AUGCUCAAACAGAAGCAACACAGACAGUUUAUUCAGGCGAUGUGCCAGCCACGCCGCAGCACGCCGUUUCUAUCACUGGCGGUGUUUUUGCUGAUGUUGGUGUGUUGCGCCGCUGGGUGCCUCGCUGUCGAUUCCACCCGGAAGCACCGCUGCGGGUUUGGCGAGACGAUGGGGAGGUGGCCGCCGGCGACUGCGGUGGUGCGUGAUGUGCCGCGCAGAGGACAGGGCGCGAUGCAGGCGUACACCGUCGCCGCACAAGGCGUGGAGAGUGAGUGGGCCCCGAUCCGCAUCAAAGUGUCUACGAAGGACAUGGACGAUCAGUGGAAGCACUGCCUCCCAGGGAAGCAUUGGCGCCUGGUCAAUGGCGACUGGAAGGAAUGCACGGAAGACUUCAUUUUGACGGAGGCGAAGAAGGACAUUGUUUUGAAGCAACUCCUCCCGACUGCAAUUAAGAUGCACACCGAUCGUCUGUCCGUGAAGCCCAUGCAGGAUCCCAUCCGUAUGCCCAUGCCAGAUGAUGAUAUAGGGGCGUGCAGCGAUUUCACCAUCCCUUCCUGGCACCACACCAUCGGCGUGAGCGGCGCCGACAUGGUUCUCUACGUUGACGUUCUCGUGAGUGAGGGGACCGUUGCAUGGGCAUCUUACUGCGCCACUCUGACGGAUGGACGUCCGUGCGCUGGCGCCGUGAACUUCAACCCCAAGUACAUAAGGGCCACUCAUGCAGACGUUGGUACUGCAGUGCACGAGAUUGGGCACGCUCUUGGUUUUUUGAGCGAUCGUUUUUGGUGGUUCAAGAUGGUCUCCCAGAUCCCCAAUGUGCGUGGGAAAGAAUAUGUGUGGGUAAUUUCCUCACCGAAGGUGAAGGAGCUGGCGAGGAAGUACCACAACUGCCCCACACUUGAGGGCAUGGAGUUGGAGGACGGGGGUGGGGGAGGAGCUAGUCUGCAGCACUGGGAGGAACUCAGCGCACGGGACGAGUUGAUGAGUCCUGGGAGCCGGAUCGCUUAUUACUCGGCAUUCACGCUUGCGGCAUUUGAGGACAUGGGUGUGUACAAGGCUAACUACGACAUGGCGGAGUCGUUGCGGUGGGGCAACAAAUCUGGCUGCGGACUGUUGGAAAAAUAG